CCUGCUCCGGUAGCGCUUACCGGACACUGGCAGCCUCCCAUCGCGGCUCGGCAGCCGGUAAAAACGAGAGCGGCCGCCGCUGGGUGGAGAUACCUGGAGUCCUCCUGCCCCGGUGUACGAGCUUCCCCCUGCCCCGCGCUGUAUUCAGUGGUGCCGCCCCAGCUGCCGGCUGCGGCGCGGCCCUCGCGGAGCGGGAGGGGUUUGGGUUUUUUGCUCCCUCCUGUUGCCAUAGAGACUGCGGGGUGUCGCCCCACCUUCCCGCGCCGGGCUGGGACACGUCGCCGCCGCCUCCGGACCGGGAGGUCUGCGGGGCCCUUCCCAGUUUACCAGGAAAUUUCACCUUGCUAUGAGAACCAAAGAUGGAUCCAGAAGAGCAGGAGUUAUUUGGUGAUUACAGAUACAGAAAUUAUUCUUCAGCGAUUGAGAAAGCUUUGAGAAACUUUGAAUCAUCAAGUGAAUGGGCGGAUCUUAUAUCUUCCCUUGGCAAACUCAAUAAGGCUCUUCAGAGUAACCUGAAGUAUUCUCUAUUGCCAAGACGGCUGAUCAUUAGUAAAAGAUUAUCUCAGUGUUUGCAUCCAGCCCUACCUAGUGGAGUGCAUUUAAAGGCACUAGAAACCUAUGAAAUAAUCUUUAAAAUUAUUGGGACGAAAUGGCUUGCCAAGGAUUUGUUCUUGUACAGCUCUGGUUUGUUUCCUUUGCUGGCAAAUGCAGCAAUGUCAGUGAGGCCUGUUCUCCUUGGUUUGUACGAGAAAUACUUUCUUCCUCUCCAAAAGUCCCUCCUGCCUGGUCUUCAAGCCUUUGUAAUUGGACUGCUGCCCGGAUUGGAAGAAGGAUCAGAAAUUUAUGACAGAACAGAUGCUCUGCUUGUGAAGCUGUCCUUAUUGAUGGGCCAAGAAGUGUUCUAUGGAGCACUCUGGGGCAGUGUCCUGGUCAGCCCAUCCAUCAGGUUGCCUGCUUCUCUUUUUGUUGUCAGUCAUAUCAACAGAGAGCUGUCUGGAAAACAGCAGAAGUACAUGCUUGGCACUGAUCAUAAGCUCACAAUAAAGUCUUUGUGUGUAUCAGUAUUGGAUUCAAAUGUCCUUGUGCAGAGAAACACUCUGGAAGUGAUUCUCUUCUUCUUUCCUUUUUAUACAGCUUUGGACUGCAACGAAAGCACUAUUCUAUUGCACAGGACUGAUUUAGUCCAUAUUCUGUCAGCAGCUACACAGACAUUGUUGAGGAGAGACAUGUCACUCAAUAGAAGAUUAUACGCAUGGUUGCUAGGCUCUGAUAUUAAAGGUGGUACUUUUGCUGCAGACUCAACAACUUCUGAAGACCAUGCUGUUUAUUUCUUUGGAAAAUAUUCUAAAGAUCUUUUGGUUGAGAGUUUGAUUGAAAUUUUACAUCAGAAAUUCCCAGAGUCUGAUACAGAGGAACAGCAUCAAGCUUAUUUGAAACCCUUCCGCAUCCUAAUCAGUCUCCUUGACAAACCUGAAAUAGGGCCGCAGGUUGUUGGGGAUCUGUUCCUUGAAGUUACUAGAGCCUUUUAUUCCUACUGCAAAGAUGCACUUGGUUCCGAUCUCAAGCUUAGCUACAAUCAAAGUGGCAACAUGCUUGCAAGUGCAAUCAAAGAGAACAAAAAUGCUUCAGAAAUUGUCAAAACAGUCAAUUUGUUGAUCACAUCCUUAAGCACGGAUUUUCUUUGGGAUUACAUGACCAAAUGUUUUGAAGAUUGUUUCAGAAACAAAUCCACACAGAUGAGAUAUCCUCUUGAAAAUAUUAGCACUCCUCCUACAAUUUCAGAGCUCUGCACACUAUUGGUGUUUCUUCUUGACGUGAUUCCUUUGGAACUCUACUCUGAAGUGCAGACUCAGUAUCUUCCACAGAUGCUCAGUUAUAUGGUGCAGUCUCUCCUGGAAAAUAUGGAAGUAUUAGGUUUACCAGAACUCACUCAUGCCUUAAAGACCUGUUUUAAGGUUCUUAGCAAAGUGCAAAUGCCCCCUUCCUAUUUGGACAUUGAGACAGGAAGUGGAAACGGGAGCCCAGUGAAAAAGGAAAAUGUGGACAUAACCUUGGAGACUAAGUCUGUGCUGCAGGAGGAGGAUGAGACUCCAUUCCCUCCCCUGAAGUCAGAAGACAGUGGCAUUGGUCUAAGCGCUUCCUCUCCAGAGCUCUCUCAGCACUUGGGGGUGCCAGCUGUGACCCUUGAGAGAGAUGAUGUCUGGAAGAAAGGGGGGAGCAUUCAGAAGACUUUGUAUUGCAUCCAAGAGCUAGUUGCCAAGUUCUCCAGUAAAUACAUUUUUGGGGUGCAAUUUCGAGAAACGAGUAAUGAAAGCAUCUCAGCAAUGAAUCUGAGUGGAAAAGAGAAAAAAGAGAAUGGCUACAGGUUACCUGAAAGUGCUAGCAAGAAAAAGAGCCCAUGGGAUGCAAAGCAAAUCACUGUACCUCAGUUUAAGCAAAUGCUUUCAGACUUGUUCUCAGUUCGAGGGUCACCGUUCAAGAACAAGAGUUCUAAUCCUCUUCCUUCUGACCGCAACUCUGGUAAUAAAAAGGAAAAGGAGGAAGAGGAGUGGGACUUAGAACAAGUGAUGCUUGUCCUGGGACCCCUUAGAGUUGACUGCAAGGAAGCUUUCGCUGCGGCUUGUCACCUUUUGUUGGAUUGUACCACAUUCCCAGUCUAUCUUUCGGAGGAGGAGAUGGAACAGUUGUAUCUCUCUCUGUUUCAGGUUCCUGGAGGUUGUGAUGCCAGCUUCCCUCUGUGGCUGAAGUCCUUAAUGACAAUAUGCUGUUGUGUGAACGACUGCUAUGUUCAGAAUGUGUCCAUCUUCACACUGCUGGAGGUGAUCAACCAUUCCCAGUCACUGGCGCUUGUGAUAGAAGACAGAACGAAGCGGUACAAAGUGUCUGGCCACAACCCCUUCUUUGGAAAGCUACAGAUGGUUACCCUUCCUCCCAUUGCUCCUGGAGUUCUAAAGAUCAUCUCAGAGAAAACAGAUUUCUACCAGAGAGUAGCCUGUGUGCUCUGGAAUCAGCUGAACAAAGAGACACGGGAGCAUCAUAUUGCCUGUGUGGAACUGUUCUACAGGCUGCACUGCUUGGCACCAUCAGCAAACAUCUGUGAAGACAUUAUCUGUCAUGCACUUUUGGAUCGUGAUAAAGGGACAAGGCUGGAAGCACUCUUCAGAUUCUCUGUCAUGUGGCAUCUGACCAGAGAGAUCCAAGGCAGCAGAGUGACUUCUCACAAUCGAUCCUUUGAUAGGUCUCUGUUUGUGGUACUGGACAGUCUCAAUUGUUCAGAUGGCGCAAUUGGUGCUGCAGCACAGGGCUGGCUGAUCCGUGCUCUUUCACUUAAUGAUGUUGCACGGAUUCUUGAACCAGUCCUGCUGCUGCUGCUUCAUCCAAAGACACAGCGCACGUCCAUCCACUACAUCAAACAGAAAAAUUCAGCAGAAGAUAUACGUGAUUGGCUUUGCAAGAAAAAGGCCUCUUUGAAAGAGUCUGGCAUCUCUGAGAGCAAUUUUGAGGAAAACCUCCCAUUCAGCCAGUUUACUACCGUGGACAGAGAAGCAAUUUGGGCAGAAGUGGAAAAAGAUCCAGAGAAGGCAGAGUUAAAAACUGAACAGUCUGAAAAUGAUGGCUUCUGUAAACCAGUAACUUCACAUGAAGCAGAUGGUGACCAAGAUAACAGUGAGCACACAGAAUCAGCAGACACCAGCACAGGCCAUGACAGUGAAAAUACGUCCUCUUUUUCUCCUUCUCUGGAGCUGCAAGAAAUAAGCAAUGAGGACAAUGACAGUGCUGCAACUGAUGGCAAAGAGACCACAAACCAUGUGAGUUCUCUCAAUGCGUUCCUUCCUGAAAGCUCCAAAUCCAGUGUAGCACUAAACCUUGUGCGUGCUGACUCUGAGAGGACUCAAGCAUCAGAGUCUCUGUCAAGCGAUGAAGAGGUGGACUUGGAGCUCCAGGAAAUUACCCAUUCUAGGUUGCUCAAGCAGCAGAAGGAAAAACAGGAGAUGAUUGAGGCUCUGUUCAAACACAUGCUGUUAUAUUUGCAGCCUUAUGAUUCUAAGAGGGUAUUGUAUGCUUUUUCUGUUCUGGAGGCAGUGCUUAAAACAAACCCUAAAGAAUUUAUUGAAGCUGUAGCUAGUACAAGCAUGGAUACCAGCUCCACAGCACAUUUAAAUCUUAUUUACAAUCUCUUAGCUCGCCAUCAGGAAGCUCUUGUAGGGCAGAGUUUUUAUGGCAAGCUUCAGACUCAGUCCCCAGCCAUGUGUCCCCAUUCUCUUCUAAUAGAAUUGCUCACUUACCUCUGUCUCAGUUUUCUGCGCUCAUAUUAUCCAUGCUACUUGAAGGUCACACACAGAGAUGUGCUUGGCAACAGAGAUGUUCAGGUAAAAAGCGUGGAAGUCCUGAUUAGAAUGAUGACCCAGCUAGCUACCAUGGCAAAGGCAGCAGAGAAUAAGAACGUGGAGUUCAUACGUAGUUUGCUAGGAAGAUGCAAAAUUCAGGAGUUUGUUCUUCUUUCUUUGUCUGCAUCUAUGUAUACAAGUCAGAAACGGUAUGAACUGCUUAUGGCAGAUGGGGUUAAUAAUAUUCCUGAAGAAGAACUCUUUGAAGAGAGCCUAAUCAAUUUUGGGCAUGAUCAGAUAUGGAGCGAACACCCACUCCAGAUUGAGUUGCUGAAGCUCUUGCAGGUAUUGAUUGUCUUGGAGCACCAUCUUGGACAGACUCAUGAGGAGCAAGAGAAUCAGCCAGACCUCUCUAAGGAAUGGCAGCAGGCUCUUAAUUUCCAGCAGGCUAUUGGUGCAAUGCAAUAUGUCUAUCCACACCCAAUAACUUCACAGGGAUUAUUCGUCUCUGCCGUGGUUAGAGGUUUGCAACCAGAGUAUGGCUAUGGGAUGCACCCCACUUGGGUAAGCUUAGUCACAUGUUCCCUGCCCUAUUUUGGGAAGUCUUUAGGCUGGACUGUGGCACCGUUUGUUGCACAGAUAUGUAAAAAUCUGGAUGAGCUUGUCAAACAGUAUGAAAAUGAAGCUGUGAAGACAUCUGCGAAAACAUCUGCAAGCUUUACUUCUAAAAGAGAAAAUGUUACGCCUGAUUACCCACUAACCCUUUUGGAAGGUCUGACAACCAUUGGUCACUUCUGCCUUCUGGACCACCCUAAUCAGACUAAAAAGUCAUCAUGUUUAGCUGAACCUACAAAUCUGAGAAACGCUAGGAAUGCCAUUUUGGAAGAAUUGCCUCGCAUUAUUAAUACCAUGUCUCUUCUUUGGAGUGUUAUAAAAAGGGAAGACUCUCAAAAAAGACCACCUGACUUCUUUGGAACAACCAAAGGCUCUUCUUCGGUCUACUUUAAAGCAACCAAAACAUUAAGAACUAAAAUACUGGACUUCAUGAAUCCAUUGACAGGACAACUUGGAAUCCAGCUGAUGGCAGCAAUUGCAGCAGUGUGGAAUAGCAAGAAACCUCAUAGGAAUCAAAGUAAAAUCAAGAUUCUUCCAGUGGCUACUGCAUCUCAGCUUAUUCUUGUGGACUUAAUAUGUGCACUUAACACAUUGAAAAUUGACACUAUAUUACAUCUAGUGAAAGAGGUAGUCAAGAAGCCAUCACAAAUCAAGGGUGAAGAGAAAUCUUCUCUUGUAGAUAUUCCAGUGCUGCAGUUCAGUUAUGCUUUCAUUCAAAGACUGCCUGUCUCAGCCUUGCAGGAGAACUUCCAGUCCUUAUUAGGACUUCUCAAAGAGUCUGUGCAGUUGAACUUGGCUCCUCCUGGACACUUUCUUCUUCUCAGUACUCUGAAUGACUUUGUGACUAGGACACCUACUCUAGAAAACAAAAAAGACCAAAAAGACUUGCAGGAGGUGACCCAAAAAAUCUUGGAGGCUGUAGGGACUGUUGCUGGUUCUUCUCUGGAACAGACUAGCUGGCUGAGCCGUAACUUAGAAGUGAAAGCUCAGCCUCAGAUUUUACCAGAUGACUUCAACAUUGAAGAUGUGAAUGAUACAUCAGUGGUACCAUCAUCAAUGGUUUCUGCCUCUGCUCCUUCAAUAUACAGCGUCCAAGCUCUUUCUCUCCUUGCAGAAGUGCUCGCUUCUCUUUUGGACAUGGUUUACCGCAGCGACGAGAAGGAGAAAGCUGUGCCAUUGAUUUCACGUUUGCUUUAUUAUGUAUUUCCUUAUCUACGCAACCACAGUGCCUACAACAUUCCUAGUUUUCGUGCUGGUGCUCAGUUGCUCAGCUCAUUGAGUGGAUACGCCUAUACCAAGCGAGCCUGGAAAAAAGAAGUUCUCGAGUUGUACAUGGAUCCAGCUUUCUUCCAGAUGGACACUUCAUGCACUCAUUGGAGAUCCAUUAUUGAUCAUCUUCUAACACAUGAGAAAACUAUGUUUAAAGAUUUGAUGAAUAUGCAGAGCAGCGCCUUAAAACUGUACCCAAGUUUUGAGCAAAAAGCAAUGUUGUUGAAGCGGCAAGCUUUUGCUGUCUUUAGUGGAGAGAUUGAUCAGUAUCAUCUCUAUCUUCCCUUAAUACAAGAACGACUGACUGAGAACCUCCGUGUUGGGCAGACUUCUAUAGCUGCCGCACAGAUGUUUCUCUUCUUCAGAGUUCUUCUGUUAAGGAUUUCUCCUCAGCAUCUAACUUCAUUGUGGCCAAUUAUGGUAACCGAAUUGAUUCAGACAUUUUUGCAGCUGGAAGAAGAUUUAACCGAGGAAGAUGAACCAUCAAAGAGCAACAGCAAAAUAAGCAAACAGAAAGUCUCAGGUGAUGGCAGUGGAUCUGACAUACAGCAGAACGAGCUGUCCUUGUACUUAUCAGCUUGUAAGUUUUUGGACACAGCACUUUCAUUUCCGCCUGACAGGAUGCAGUUGUUUCAAAUGUACAAAUGGGCAUUUGUCCCAGAAGUGGACACAGAGGCAUCUACCGUGACCUCUCAUCUGGUAGAAAAUCAUCAGGAAUGCAGACCACACAUUAUAAGAAUCAUGGAUCUGCUGAAGACGAAAUAUGGGGAAACAAACAGCACUGAGGGAAUUUCCAAGAAGCACAAAUUUCCUCUUUUGAACUUACGUUCUAUAUCUAGCAUCACCCAGCUUAUGCCCUUCUUCAAGACUCUGUGUUGCGCAUUUACAACAAACGGGAGUGAGUUCCAGAAUUCACGUCCUUCUGCAUCUCCCUCUGCGGACUAUGUUGGCAGUAAUGGCAUAAAGACCUUGCAACAGCUUGAAGACGGUGUGGAAUGUGACUUCCUUGAAAACAUGGAAAGUUAAGCCACACGUCGGACGCUUGGCUCGUAGUGAAGAAAUAACAAAAAAGGGAAAACUUUACUGUAAUUCUUCUCUUCUUUUUUCCCUAGUUUGGAAAAUACAUUUUGAGUUUUCUUCCUGCUGUUGUGGAGCACUCUUCGAUACUCCAGGCUUCUGAGCUGGUGUUAAAAAGCAGGAUUCUUCAGUUCCUGUGGAAGACAAGGAAAAAAAAAAAAGUUUAGUGGUAAUUUAUCAUAGUUACUGUAUUCCUUUACUUGUUUUCGAUGUGAAGGAUUAAAGAGAUUUUGUAAAUAAAGGAAGAAUAUUUUUGACUUGGUGAAAGUAGCAACUGUACCAUUUAUCCAGUAACUUCUCAAGUAAGUAUUUUAAACUGCUUUUUGACGUUCUGAAAGUAAAUUUAAGAAAAAGCUAAUAUUGCAUGUCAGUGUACAAUCAGUUUGCAGAUAAGUCAUUUCCUGAGGUUAAAGCCUGCUUCUACUUCUCCUUUCUUUAACUCGUCCUAAAACUUAUCAACUUCUAAACAAAUCACCUAAAUUUCAAACAGAUGUAUUUUAUAAGUCUUAAUAUUGUGCAAAUAACUGCAGACUUACCAUGUUUGUAAUUUCCACUCUGUACUAUAAUAGCAUUCUUCAGGAUUAGUGAUUCCUAAAUAAAAGACAAACAUGCAUAAAAGACAAACCUAUGCAGUAACAUUUGUAAUUUACAUUACUUGAGAGGGUUUUGUUUUAAUUAAUUGACUAAAAAUAUUCUAAUUCAGUUUUGUAAAUUAAAAAACUUUGUUCUUUCAGUGACUGAGGUCACUUUGCAACUUCUGAAAUGCAACUAAAUGAAGAUAAUUCUGUAAAAAUAUAAAUUGCUUUACACCUACAACCUAACUAAAAUGAAAAGAAAAGGUUUUGGAUUUUUUUUAAAGAACACUUUUUAUACAAAAGCAUGUAUUUGGCUGGUCCCAGGUGUUGAAAGAGGUAGGGAGAUCAUCACAGUGCCAUGACUACAGUAAUGUUCAAGGUGCAGCUUGUUUUGUAACUGCAGUGCUACCACUGCCUAGGACUCUGGAGAGAGGGAUUAGUUCUACGACCAAACAGCACAACUGCACGUCUGAAGGACGCUUCUGACGGCCAGCGGAUAAGCACCAUUGUAGCAACACAUACAACAAAAGGCUUAGAACAUUUUUUAAAUGAGGAGGUGGACUCCAUUGAAUUUGCAUAUUUAGUGGAUUAUCUGACUGAAUUUGCAAUGCUGAUUUGUCUGGGAAAGGAAGUUUAUCGUAUUUUUCAUGGUGAAAAGCUUUGUCUCUCUUUUUCUUUUCUAAACACCUUUGCCUCCAGGGAAAUUGGGUUUGUAAGAUAUACCUGUAGACUGGUACAUGCCACUUGAGUUAUUUGGAACAUUGCAACUGAUGCAAAUGUGCUGGGUACUGGAAUUCACCACUCUUGGUUUUGCUAAUUGAAAAAGGACAUACAAACUCUAUGGUUUAAUGUCACCAGGUUGUGAGGUCAGGGAUAUUUUUUUUUUUUUUUUCAAAACUCACACAACAAACAUGGAAGGCUACUCUGCAGUGUGUUUUACCUACAGAUAUAUAAAGUUUUCAUCUUUGGAUUAUAAACUAAAAUAAUGAAACACUGAACGACAUGCUUCACUAAGAUAAUACUGUAAUGGUCUAUGAAGAUAGUACUAUAAUAGGGUUAUGCUAAACUUAAAUAGUUUAUUUGCAUUUUUACAGUUAAGGAAAGUGAUAGACUGAAGUGUAAUACUGUGUAGUCACUAAGAAUGUGAAUUAUUUGUAUUUCUAUAAUUUAUUAAUGAUCUCUAUUACUACUGGAAUGAGCACAAGUGAAAAAGUUAUUCUUUUAAAGCAUUACUUGAAAAUUGGAGCAGGAUGUUUAUGUUCAUUACUUACAUAUUUUCAAUAACUUUUAAAGAGAAUAUUACUAAUACUUAGGAUGAUUUGGUAGUUUUACUUUCAGCUUUUUGGUGAAUGCAUUCCAUACUUGGGUAUUUCCCUUAAAAUCCUGAUGAGGCACUGUCAAAUAGACUACUAAAAUCUAGGACAACUUUUUGCCAUCAAACCUUUUGUUUUACAUUCUCCCAUAAGCUAUAAGCUUGUCUUCACAGUUUCCUCGCUAACUGGAGGUGGUGAACCAAUUACUUAGAUUGAGGGGUUUGUCAUCCUUCCCCUUGAAAGGGAACGUCCCAUUCUGACUGCCUGUACUUCAGGUGUGCAGGGGAUCGGACAUCAGUUGCUUCCCACCCCCCCAGCUGUGGUGGUGAACUUUAAAACCAGAAUCUGUGACUUAGGUCUGUAUAACUCUCUAAGAUGAUCGUACCUUCUACAAAAAUACCACUUGCUUCUAACUCCUGCCUUCAUACAUACGUUUACCUUUGUCCUGUGGUUCUGCAGAUGGCUGCUUUAAAUGGCCUCGGAUAUUUAUAACUUGCAGAAUCCUUUCGCUGCAGCAGAAUCUAAUUCUUAAGAAGAAAGAGUUCUUUAAAAUUUAGUAUAUAAGCAGAUCUUGUAUCUUUAUAAAUAGCAUGUGAAUAAGGAGGAAAGGGCUCUAACUAAAAAAAAAAAAGUCCUACUUUGGUGAUGGAGGAGCACAGUUACGUAGGCCUAAAGGUAUCUCCACCAGUGUAACUUUAUUUCUUUUCUGUAUGGGACUAACUGUAGUCAUUUUACUUCCUAUGCUACUUCUGUUAAAGCCACAUGAAGGUGGUGGGUUGUACUGCUCUAACGCUGGUACUGCCAGAGCAGUGCAACUUAACUGUAGAUGAAUCUGAAAAACUUUAGCCUAGAACUCAGUAUCAAGAACAGGAGAGAAAAUGCUUUUGCUUUGCUGUGUAGUUCUUUGCUUGUUUUCAGAAUAACCAAGCUUAGCUUUCUCUUUUGGAUACUUCAGCUUUGAGAUAGCAUAGCCACAGUGCGUGUUACACAGAGGGAGAAGUAUUUAAAUAUUCAAAAGGAUUUCAUUUUCCAGAUGGAAAAAAACAGCAGGUGCAACCAAGGUAACUGCCAAAGAACAGCAGAACUUGAUAUAUGGAGCAUUAAGUAAUGGUUAAGUGUAUUCAAUCCUAUAUUUGACUGUAAUUCUUCUAAUGACAUUAAAUGUUAU